AUGCAGAACAACAUGGAAAUCGACAUGACGAACAAAAAGAAGAAAACAAUGGGAAAACAGAAGAUUGAGAUGAAGAAGAUAGAGAAGUUGAAUUACCGUCAAGUCACGUUUUCCAAACGCAGGGCAGGCCUAUUCAAGAAGGCGACCGAACUCUGCGUCCUAACCGGCGCUAAUGUGUUGGCUCUCGUCACCUCGCCGGGCAACCGCACAUUCACCUUCAGUAGCCAACCCAACCCCGAAGACCUUCUUCGCCCUGAAAACCGGACUGAUGGUCUAAUUCAGAGAAAUCAGGUUUUACAGAAGCGGGAGUAUUUGAACGAUCGGUAUGAGAAAUUGGUGGCGGCGCUUGAGGAGGAGAAGAAGAUAGGAGAGAGGCUGAGGACCGAGGAAGGUAGCCGGAGAACAUUGUGGUGGGAAGAGAAAGUGGAUUUGGAGAAGAUGGGUGGUGAGGAAUUGGAGUACUAUAUGAUGGCAUUGGAGAGGAUGAAGAACAAUGUGGAGAAUAUUUUGAUGGAGAAGGAGAAGAAGGGUGUGUUUUGUGUCCCUGAUUCGUCGAUGAUGAAUAUUCCUGAUGUUACCCAUUAUAACAAUAUUUGA